ACAAGUGCUUGAGAUACAGCAUGUGCAUACAGACCCAUCAACAUUUACAGAGAUGUACACAGCUCAAGAGGCACAUGAAGUACAUCAUACCCCCUCUCCCUCUAGCUUUGACCCCACAAAAUUAUAUGCAAAGAUUAAAGAGGAUCUAUAUUACGGCCGACUAUGGAAAGCCUACCAAGGAAGAACGCGGGUAUCAGCACAAGGGUGCCUGACUGGUUCCAGACAGAUUUACUACCGUCUAGCGAUGCAAUGGAGGCACAGUUUGUAGGAGAAAGUGAUGGUCUAACAUUCUGGCUGGCCAGACCACAAGACUAUGAUGAGGUGAUGGCCAUAUCACAGGACAUCUACAAUGGCAACGAUUACCUUCCACAUCGCUAUCCCACCUGGAUGACUGAGCAUGACAGAGUGGUCAUAAUUGGCAGAAGGAAUGGGAAGCUGGUGGCACUGGACUCUGCACUGGUGGUUGAUGGAGGGCAAACAGUGGUGUUGGAGGGAUUAAGGGUGUGUCCUAGUGAAAGAGGAUGCGGUGUGGCUGGAGUUAUCCAGAGAGUGACUGAUUGCUACGUUAAGCAGGUUUACCCAAGUGUAACAACCAAACGAUUGACAAGAGCUGACAACCCAGGACCUGAAAAUCUCUCCAAGUUUAUUUUUCUGUCUUGCCAGGCUAUUCUGUCUGUGUUUGGAGAGGCUGAGAGUUUUAAAAGAUUUAUCUCAGGCCUAAAAGCAAAACUGGAAAGCACAGAGAAAUCAGAUGGGCACAGCAACAACAACCAAAAACUAUUUGUACUGAAGGACAGACAUCAGCUUAAGUCAAUACUCAUGGAACCUGAUCUUUCAUUGAGACUUCAGCUUCCAGGAGGUGCCAUCAUCCAAGACUGGCAGCCUCUGAAACCAAUAGAAAGCAACCUGGAGAUUUUAGAAAGGCGAAACCUGACUUGGAUGGUUGAUUGUUUCGAUGAUAAACCAAUGUUUAUGAGCCUGCACACACCACCCUAUCCUGUUCCAUUUAAUGCAGGUUCUUUGCGGUUCAACAUAGACAUGUUUGGGACUGAUGCAUCUUUAGCAAGGAGGGCACUGAUAGCACAUUUAGAGCAGAUAAUUGAGAAGAUUCAUGGCACUGUUUUGGUUCAUGUUUACAUGCCUAAAACUUUUUGGGAAGUCAUGAGACAGUUUUGUGAGGGAGAUGAAGGAGUAAAACAAUGGGAGAUUUUCCAGGAGCAACUGUUUCUGGAGAAAGAGAUGUCAUAAAUAGUAGAGAUGAUAAGACAAAGAAAUGUAUUAGUGGUACCAAAGGUGCUAGAGCUCUGAAGAGAGGGCACUGAGUAUCAAAGUUUUUAGUAAAUUUUAAAGUUUGUUGAUUUUCUUGAACAAUUUCAGCUACCAUAAUUCUUUUACACAAUAAUUACAAAAUACAAGCCUAAAGAUUUGCUUUGAAAUAUUAAUUUUUCAGGUAGAUGUUGACCUGCUAUGGCAUUACUGCCUGUUGCACCUCCUCCGGUGCCCAUAGGAUUACCUGACUCAUCCUUGAGCCUUGCCAACAUGCCUACUGCAACCAAAAACAUAUAGGCCUCCCCAAUGACUAAGGCUGUAGCAAACCCCACUGGCACAAUUGCAUAAUAAUUACAAGAUACAAAUCAAAAGAUUUGCUUU